AAUAAUCGGCCUUUGCUGGACGAGCAGCAUCCGGCUGCUCGGCCUUCGUCGUCUUGUAGGUCCUACGCGUCCUAGAGAUACCUAGCGCUGCUGCCUGCGCCAUCUUUCGGCGCCCCGCAGCGGUCCAUAAGCUGCCAACACGAUGCCAUGCUUUGCUCUGCUAGCCGUCGCCGCGCAGGCCGCAGCCCUCUCGCAGUGGUUGAAGCUCCCGGAUAUUAACCCUGGGACGUUCACUCGGAGAGAUGCUGCGACUGCGACGGGCGCCGCGCUGACGGCCGCGGCGCCCGUAGCAGCCUCCGCUUCCCAGAAGACGGCCUCGCGCCGCGCCGGAGACGUACAGCAGUGGCCCCGCAUUCCUGUCUGGCCUUCUUGGGCUGGUGGGCGCGUAAUUCCGAUGGGCCUGCCGAACGCGGACCCGUUCUUGCUGGUCGCGCAUCACAAACAUUGGUUCGACCCGCGGGACCCGCUGCGGGGGCCGUUCCGAGCCUUCGGGAAGGCCACGGGGCUGCCCUACAUAGAUGUGGAGGUCGAGAGCUGUGUGGAAAUCAACCAGUGAGCUACGGAGAAAAUAUCGCGUCGAUGGCGUGGGGCGCCCGAAAUGUGAUUUCCACACAGGGCUUCUCGAUGCAUCCGCACCGCGGUUUUGACAUUCUCACAUAUGUGCUAGACGGCUCCGACGGCUUUCGCCACCGUGAUAGCCUGGGCGGGUCCAAGACCUAUCGAGGGGGAAGUGCGCAAUGGAUGAGAACCGGCUCGGGCGCCCAGCACGAGGAAUUUUGGGAGACGAGCGACGAGCGAAGGACGAGCAUCGAGCUCUUUCAGGUCUGGGUCAAUUUGCCAGCCUCGCAGAAGUUCGAUCCGCCUUCUAUUCGAUACCUCGGCGCGGCGCACGGCGCGCCGUGGCACGAGGAAGUUGUCGACGGGACGCGUAUACGCACUGUGCUUGACGAAAAUAUCGUCGCUGCGGCCUCCGACGGCGAGGGCGCAACGCCCAACCAGCGGCCGCGCGCUGAGGUCUUGCACGCCUGGAUUCCGGCCGGUGGAAAGUGGGCGCCAAAGGUCGGUGCCGACUCCUCUUGUUCGCUGUACUGUCGCGAGGGCCAGGUCACCGUACCCGGGCCUGGCGGGGGACAGGUCACCGUAAAGGCCGGCGAGUCCUGCGGCUUUGCGAGCGGCGCGGACGCGAUCUCGUGCACGAACGCGGCACGCGGAGAAAGCGACGUGCUGCUGCUCGUCGGCGAGCGGCUGCGCGAGCCCGUGGCGAUGGGCGGGCCGAUCGUGAUGAAUUACGAUUGGGAGAUUGACGAGGCAUACCGGGAAUUGCAAGCAGGUACAUUCCUGAAGCGGCGUAAAUCAUAAAUACACAUAGAACAAAAAUUACGG